AUGCCUCCCCGAAAGCCACAAAAGCAGGUUAGAGACUGGAAUGCAUUUGUACGCCAGCCGGAUCCAAUAGUCAAGACCAACAAAGUCCCAUCGACGGAGGAGCGGUUGAGGGGAAUCCAUUUUAAUUUUCAGAGAUGGGUGCAAGAACUUGAUAACAAAGACUACAAAUAUUGGCUUGAAAAUAUCACACUAAGGAUAGUUGAAGGCUUUCUUAAGUGGUAUUUGGAAGAGCAUGAUAUAAGUUACAAGUCCAGCUUCAUGACAAUUGUGCGCUUUUUCAGAAUGUACUAG